AUGAAUGACUUCACUGAGUCACUUCCACCUCCAUUAGAAUUCUUUCUUGGCGACCGCUGUGUCACUGCUAAAAAAGCCGACUUAUUGGAUCCGAAUUCCGGCCGGACGGUGUAUCGCUUGGAACUUACAGAUUCACCCUCUCUACCCUCCAUAGUGAUUCUCAAGAAGCAAAAGCCUUGGUGGGAAGAUCAGUUCAAUACCGAAAAGAAAGCCUACAACCUCUUAUCUCGUCUGCAAGGAACGGUCAUUCCGAUAUUCUACGGCGAAGCUAUAUACGACCGAUCCCCUGCCCUUGUUUUAUCUGCGAUCUCCGGGACCACUUUGCUUGAGCUCGCCCGUGGAGGUUUUCCCCAAAGCAAAGAGGUAGCUCUGGAAGCAAAAAUUGUCGCAGCGCUGCAGGCCUUUGUGAAGUACGGGGUCCAGUAUAAUGACGAAAGACUGGAUAACUUUUUGUUGGCCGACGAUGAUGAACAGGUGAAGAUCGUGGACCUUGAGCAUGUGAACCUUUCCUCCACAAAACUCUGGCCAGAAAGCUUCAAUUAUCAUACCGCCGAGUGUCUCAUGUACAAGUUUACAAUCGCCCGCGAUCCACUCUCUCUUCCCCCUCUAGACCCUCGGGCCUGGAGUGUUAUGGAGGAUCCUCCUGAUACUCGUACUAUAGACAUUGAUAUUGAAAAAUAUCGUAGAGAGUGGGAUAAUGAAGGCAGCAUUGAGCAAUAG